UGUCCCGAGCGCGUCCACUGUCUCCACCGAUCCCUCCGGUGCCUGGCCCUCGAGCCCUCACUGCGUGCACCAUGAGCGGCGGCGAAGUGGUCUGCUCGGGAUGGCUCCGCAAGUCCCCUCCGGAGAAGAAGUUGAAGCGUUAUGCAUGGAAGAGACGGUGGUUUGUGUUACGCAGUGGCCGUCUGACUGGAGACCCCGAUGUCCUGGAGUAUUACAAAAACGACCACGCCAAGAAACCUAUCCGGAUUAUUGAUUUAAACUUGUGUCAGCAAGUUGAUGCUGGGCUGACGUUCAACAAGAAGGAGUUUGAAAACAGCUACAUCUUUGAUAUCAACACCAUCGACCGGAUUUUCUACUUGGUGGCAGACAGUGAGGAGGACAUGAACAAGUGGGUUCGUUGUAUCUGUGACAUCUGUGGCUUCAAUCCCACAGAAGAAGAUCCCGUGAAGCCCCUUGGCAGCUCCUCGCAAGCACCAGUUGAUUCACCUUUCCCUCUGAAUACAGCACCAGCCUCCGCCCAGCUGGAAGCCUCUUCCUCAGCAGCGCUACCUCCUUCUUACCAGCUCAUCAGCCUCCCGCCACACCCAGACACUCUAGGCCUCCAGGAUGACCCCCAGGACUACCUCUUGUUGAUCAACUGUCAGAGCAAGAAGCCUGAACCCACCAGAACCCACGCUGACUCUGCAAAGCCAACCCCUUCCGAGACAGACUGCAAUGACAACGUCCCUUCCCAUAAGACCCCUGCUUCCUCCCAGAGCAAACACGGAAUGAACGGCUUUUUUCAGCAGCAAAUGCUGUAUGACUGCCCGCCAUCCCGAGCUCCAUCCGUCUCUGUAGACUCCAGCCUCUAUAACCUGCCCAGAAGUUACUCCCAUGACGUGUUACCAAAGGAGUCUCCGUCAAGCACUGAAGCCGACGGAGAGCUGUACGUCUUUAAUACCCUGUCUGGGGCUUCGAGUGUGGAAGCUCAGAUGAGACAUGUAUCUAUCAGUUACGACAUUCCGCCCACACCUGGGAACACUUACCAGAUUCCACGGACAUUUCCAGAAGGCACCUUGGGACAGUCAUCAAAGCUGGACACCAUUCCUGAUAUCCCCCCACCUCGGCCACCAAAGCCACUUCCAGCUCAUGACAGGUCUCCUGUGGAAACGUGUGGCGCCCCACGCGCAGCUUCAGACACCGACAGCAGUUACUGUAUUCCUGCAGCGGGCGUGCCGCCAUCCCGGAGUAAUACCAUUUCCACCGUGGAUUUGAACAAGCUACGGAAAGAUGCCGUUUCUCAAGACUGCUAUGAUAUUCCACGAACCUUUCCAAGUGAUAGAUGUAGUUCCCUGGAAGGCUUCCACAGCCAGUCUAAAAUCAAAACUGUGUUGACAGUGGGCGGUGUCUCAGGCGAAGAGCCGGAUGAAAACUAUGUCCCCAUGAACCCCAACUCGCCACCACGACAAUCCAGCAGCUUUACGGAGCCGACUCAGGAGCCAAAUUACGUGCCAAUGACCCCUGGGACCUUCGAUUUUUCUUCAUUUGGGAUGCAAGUCCCCCCUCCCGCUCAUUUGGGCUUCAGGUCCAGCCCAAAGACCCCUCCCCGGAGGCCAGUUCCUGUCGCUGACUGUGAACCACCCCCAGUGGAUAGGAACCUCAAGCCGGACAGAAAAGGUCAGAGUCCUAAAAUUUUAAGACCCAAACCCCAUGGUUUAGAGCGAACUGAUUCACAAACCAUAGCUGACUUUGCUACAAGAAGAAAGGCCAAGCCAGCACCUCUGGAAAUAAAGCCGCUGCCAGAGUGGGAAGAGCUGCAAGCCCCAGUCAGAUCCCCCAUCACCAGGAGCUUCGCUCGGGACUCCUCUAGAUUCCCCUUGUCCCCUCGGCCGGAUUCUGUGCACAGCACGACGUCCAGCAGCGACUCUCAUGACAGUGAGGAGAACUACGUCCCCAUGAACCCAAACCUGUCCAGCGAAGACUCGAAUCUCUUCUGCAGUAACAGCCUUGAUGGAGGGAGCAGCCCCAUGGUCAAGCCCAAAGGAGAUAAACAAGUCGAAUACCUAGAUCUAGACCUAGAUUCUGGGAAAUCCACGCCACCACGGAAGCAAAAGAGCAGUGGAUCGGGCAGCAGCAUGGCCGACGAGAGGGUGGAUUACGUUGUGGUGGACCAGCAGAAGACUCUGGCUCUGAAGAGCACCCGGGAAGCCUGGACGGAUGGCAGGCAGUCGACAGAAUCGGAAACUCCCACCAAAAGUGUGAAGUGAAGAUACACCAUUGCCGCUGCCGAACAAGUUGGAACUGAGGAAAAGACAGAUGCCGAGCGAGCGGAGAACACGAUGCUUCUCCUCCCAGUAGAAGCUCAAGCGAGCAAGGAGGGAGAAAAGGACCUCUCAGACGUGGUCAAGCAAAUUAGAUUGUAAAUGGUGCUGUGUGGUAUUGGAUUUGUAACGUGUAAAUAAUGUGGGGGAAAUAGUGUUGUAGUUCUCACAGAAACAUCUGUCCCUAGAUAACAUGCCUGUAGUAUUACUAUAGUGAUGCACUUUUUCAUUGACCAUGUUGGUUUGGGUCUUCCUGAUGUACCCUAACAGAUUCCCUUGGGUCUUCCUGAUGUACCCUAACAGAUUCCCUUCUUCCUGACGUACCCUAACAGAUUAAAUUCCCUUUGGUCUUCCCGACAUACCCUAGCAGAUUCCCUCGGGAGUUCCCGAUGUACCCUAGCAGAUUCCCUCGGGAGUUCCCGAUGUACCCUAGCAGAUUCCCUUGGGAGUUCCCGAUGUACCCUAGCAGAUUUCCUUGGGAGUUCCUUUUGUCUUCUCACACUACUCUAUGUAACAAUACUAAGUGAAAUGAGCUACUUUUAGUUCUGGAAAUUUCAGUUGAAGCUACAGGCUAACACCAUUAAAAUGAGAAGUAGUUCACAAAUUUGCUUUCCCGUAAAGGUGGUAACCAUGAGCUUAAACUGUAGAAUAUAGUUGGACUCCCCCUUUGUUGGUUUCCAAAAUACCGGGGAUAAUGUAUAUACUGGUGUCAAGAACUAGUUCUUUGGCUCAUGUAUACUUAGGUUUUAAUAGUAUAACUUGGUUGGUUUUUGUUAAUUGGUGUUUUGGGUUCAUUCUGUGAAGGGUUCUGCUGGGUAGGACCUUGCACCUUUGCCAGACUGGCUCCGGUUACACUAUUAGGCCCACAAAUCACCUGCAGAUGGACUGGUGGUCUGCUCUCAACCCUUGUUCACAUGGAUCAAACAUUAUUUGCAAAAGGUGGAUUCUGUGGCUAAUCAGGUACGUACAGGGCACUGCUGUGCCAAUACCCUGAUCAGGUUUAGACAGAGAGCUCCAGUUAGGUUUGGGUUAAUCCUAAUAUUGGUUUAGAAUUAAUGAAACGUUGGCAUUCACUGUCAGUUACAGCACCAUACUGUGAUUUUGAAUUAAGUAGACAGUAAUUCAAUAUUAUUACUCUUGAGAAUGAAAUCCUCUCUUUUGACACCAUAGUGCCCUUUCUAUAAUUUUUUUACUUAAUAUUCUUCUUGGCCUUAUAUUUAAAUCCCUAUGCAAUUAAUGUUUUAUAUCUGCAUUUUAAAAAAGAAAUGUCAUUUUAAGUGAUCCUUGUAAGUAGCACCUAUUGCCUUGGUGAGUAGAUGAAUUAAGAAUUUUGUACUGUGAUUUGUAUUCACUGCCCCAGUUCUCGACCCAUCGAAGCCUUGCUGUUGUAUGAAUCCCUGUCGUGGUGAACACCACCCGGCUGGAUCUCUGAACCCAGCAAGGGAAUGGUGUGAUUUUGUCAUCUGUAGCAUGGCGUCGCGUGGUGCGGAUGUUCAGACCAUGAAUUACUGUCACUGUAAUUGCACUUGUCUGUCUUGGCUUUGCCGUGUGACUUGGAAAGCAGCUAGCAUUGUCCCUUGUCUGCUCAAGUUACAUACAAUCUCUAUGCAUUGAUCUGAGACUCACUGAUGGCUUGGGGAGGGGACACAGAACGGAAUGUCCACAUCUGAGGCUUGUCUCCCUCCGUUCAGACCUCUUAACUGUUGCCUGUGUACACAAUGUGCCCUGAUUUCUGGCCCACUGGCCACAGUACUGUGCCUGAUCCGUGUGCUGUGCUUGUUUUCCCAGGCCACAAACUAAGUGUUCAUAACUAGGUGAAUUGUAAACUAGUAACAUUGGAUGCUUUUAAAUGUUCGCUCCUUUUUAAACAAAAACUAAAACCCAGAACUGAAUUUUGAGGUGGAUUUUUAAAUAAAAAAAAAAAA